AUGGGUCCUGUGUAUGUCACCGUCAAUGGUCAGGGUGCCAACGAAUUUAUCACCAAGACCCCCGGUGCUACCUACUACUCCACACAAUGGCCCGCAGCCGAAACACCGGCCCCUGCCCCUGCCCCCCCUGCACCUCCUGCUGCAGCGUCUCCCACCGACGACUACAAUACUGUACUCGUUUCUACUCAGCAGCCAGCCCCUGCUAGUCCCUCAGCUGUACUUAUCAACACCCUGGAGGGUAAGAACCCAGUUCCUGAGAAAUCUCAGCCUGAAGCGACCCAGCCAGCUGAAACUCAACCCGCUCCCCAGACUUCGUCCCCUGCCGCCCAGACCACUCCCCAGGCUGCGACAGCCAGCGAGCCCGCUCAAGUUACCACUAGUCCUCAGCCCGGGCCUGAAACCACUACUCAACCUGCCCCUACCCCUACAACGCAGGCGGCCCCAUCUACUACUGAACAAGAGGCUCAAACUUCUACUACUGAGGAACAGGCCCAGCCCCCCUCUACUACCGAGGAGGCUCAACCCACUACUGCCUCUCCUGAUGCUCUACCUAUUUCAACUGUUGUUACCACCAGCCCUACCCCUCAGGCUACCCAACCGUCUACCGGCGGUGGUGUCACUCCACCCGACUACAUUGUGUACAGCCCUUACCUAGACACCCAGGGUUGCAAGGACUACGACACUGUUUUGAGUGACCUUAACCUUAUCAAGUCUAAGGGUAUCAACAAGCUUCGCACCUACGGUACUGACUGCAAUGUUUUGAAUACUAUCGUUGCUGCUGCUCAGUCGCUUGGUAUGGUUGUGAGCCAGGGUGUCUGGAUUGGACCUGGUGGCCUGAGUAGCCUAGUUGAUCAAUCGGUCAACGACAUUAUCGCUUAUGGCCAGGCCCAUGGAUGGAGUGUCUUUGAGAGCAUCAUUUUUGGAAAUGAGGAUAUCGUUAAUAACUACGUUUCCGCCCCUGAUUUGAUCAAUGCCGCUGCUGGAUAUAAAGCCCAGCUCAGAGCAGCCGGAUUCAAUGGACUGUUCAUGCAUGCUGAAGUCACUGACAUUAUCCAGGACAAUCCUGAUCUUUGUGGUGACGUUUUUGAUGUCGUCGCCUUGAAUGCGCACUCCUACUUUGAUCCCUACUCUACAGCUCCUCAAUCUGGUGAGUUCCUCAAAGGACAAGUUGGUCUUGUUCAAAGCACUUGCGGAUCUAAGAAGGUCUGGAUUAGCGAGACUGGCUACCCAUCCCAGGGCAUAACCAACGGCGGCCAGGUCCCCACCAAAGAAAACCAGGUUAUUGCAUUAGAGUCGAUUAUGGAGGUUAUGGGUCAGGAUCUAGUUAUUCUGUCAACAUACAAUGACAUGUGGAAGAGUCCCGGCCCUUACGGUGUCGAGCAAUAUUUUGGCGUCAUUGAUAUCCUUGCCUAA